AUGUCAUAUAAUCAUAAACAAAGUUUACCUUAAAUAAGAUCGUUUAUGGUAGAGAGAAAUGCUUACUUAAUUGAUUUAACACAAAGAACCAUAAUUAAAAAAGGGAAUUAAUCAGUCAAAUUGAAAUUACCAAGUUUGAGUCAAAGAUAGUCGACUAUUACAAUUAGGUACCCUCCCAAAGUUAAAUAAAUUGGAGACUCAUUAACCGAAGACAUAAGAAAAAUACUUGAUUAUUAAUCUCCAGAAAUAACAUUAAAAAAAAUGUUAGACAAAAAAGUAAAAACAGUGAAAUUUCUUUGA